CUGCUCUCUGCCCGGUCGGUUGCGUUAGCCGUCUCAGCGAGAGCGCUUCUACAGCUGUUACGGCGAGCUAAGGAGACGGCUUAUUUUCUUGAAAUUCUGUAGCCGCUUAAGUAAUUUGGGACACUUUGAAGCGUAGUGGUCGAGAUUGGUUUGUUUCUUGAGUCUAGUUUGGUUUUUUUAAACGCAACCUGCUUAAGAACACACUCGUUCCUUAGGAAGAGUGAAGUAAUUUACCACAAAGAACACUUGCGUUUGGGGCUUUGGCUUUGUGUUUGACUUUUGAGCUCUACUCUGCCCCAUCAUGGUGAUGUUCAAGAAGAUCAAGUCUUUUGAGGUGGUCUUCACCGACCCUGAAAAAGUGUACGGCAGUGGGGAGAAGGUGGCCGGCCGGGUGAUUGUGGAGGUGUGUGAAGUUACUCGGGUUAAAGCCGUCAGGAUCCUGGCCUGUGGGGUCGCCAAAGUCCUGUGGAUGCAGGGCUCCCAGCAGUGCAAGCAGACGCUGGACUACCUGCGGUAUGAAGACACCCUUCUCUUGGAAGAGCAGCCCACAGGUGAGAAUGAGAUGGUGAUUAUGAGACCUGGAAACAAGUACGAGUACAAGUUUGGCUUCGAGCUUCCACAAGGACCUCUGGGAACAUCCUUCAAAGGCAAAUAUGGUUGUGUGGACUACUGGGUGAAGGCUUUCCUCGACCGCCCCAGCCAGCCAACUCAAGAGAUCAAGAAGCGCUUUGAAGUGAUGGAUUUGGUGGAUGUCAAUACCCCCGAUUUAAUGGCACCUGUGUCUGCUAAAAAGGAGAAGAAAGUUUCCUGCAUGUUCAUUCCUGAUGGGCGAGUGUCUGUCUCUGCCAGAAUUGACAGAAAAGGAUUCUGUGAAGGUGAUGACAUUUCCAUCCAUGCUGAUUUUGAGAAUACAUGUUCCCGCAUUGUGGUCCCCAAAGCGGCCAUUGUAGCCCGACAUACUUACCUUGCCAACGGCCAGACGAAAGUGCUAACGGAGAAGUUGUCAUCAGUCAGAGGCAAUCAUAUUAUCUCAGGGUCUUGUGCAUCAUGGCGUGGCAAGAGCCUUCGGGUACAGAAGAUCAGACCUUCCAUCCUGGGUUGCAACAUCCUUCGAGUUGAAUAUUCCUUACUGAUCUAUGUUAGCGUCCCUGGCUCCAAAAAAGUCAUCCUUGACUUACCACUGGUGAUCGGUAGCAGAUCAGGUCUGAGUAGCCGGACAUCCAGCAUGGCCAGCCGAACUAGCUCUGAGAUGAGUUGGAUAGAUUUAAACAUCCCAGAAACCCUAGAAGCACCUCCUUGCUAUAUGGAUGUCAUUCCUGAAGAUCAUCGUCUGGAGAGUCCCACCACUCCUCUGCUAGAUGAUGUGGAUGGUCCUCCAGACAGCCCUAUUUUUAUGUAUCCCUCUGAGUUCAAGUUUGUGCCACCACCCACUUACACAGAGGUGGAUCCCUGCGUCCUCAACAAUAAUGUGCAGUGAACAUGGGGGAGAAAAACAGUUGUACCACUUGUUUUUUUUCUGCCUCUCUUCUUGGACUCACUUUCUGAGACUCACCAAGCAGUCUCUGCAGUGGGGCCUGGGUCCUUCCCAGCCUCGGACCUCCUCUUGUGGGAGGUGAUCAGCUGGCAGUCUUGUGGACCUUAAAGAUCUGGACCCAUCCUCCGCUGGCACAACGUGAUGCGAGAGUGUUUGCUGGGUGGGGUGUAAAACGGUUCAGAACAAUUCAGGCCCACCCUGUUUUCUGAGGUAUUCCUGAGUCAGGGAUGCAAACGACCUUCUGGCAUGGUCUUCCCAAGGUGAUGUUGGAGGGGACAGUGGUUUGUUAUGACAACAUCAGACCUUGAACUGAAUGUGCCAUGUAAAAUGGAGCCAAUUUAGCAACGUGGGAAAAUGAAGACUAACGGCCAACAUUUUGGAAAGAGGAGGUUCUUUAAGAAAAAAUCAGUGUUUCCUUUUGUGCUUUAAUGGGAAAGAAAAACCCUGCCAGGCUGAUUUGGUUUGAACUUCAGAGAACAUCCCUAUGAAUUGAAAGAAGCUACUGUUUUUCUUUGCUUAGAAUGUACUUCAACCUGGCUUAAAGCAGUAGUAACUAUGCUCCACCAAAGGUCUUGAAAGCCAUUUUUAGAGCCUAUUGCACUGUGACUCCUAUGGAAGUUUUUUCAUUUAGGAGAAUGUGUUUUUCUUUUCAUGUGACUUCUUGGAAUUCAUUCUAAGGAGAUAACUUAGCACUUUAGUUCUUUCAGAUUUUUUUGUUUUUUUUUCUCUCCCUAUUGCAAAUUAAGCUACAACUGAUCUAUGUAUCUAGGGGUAAGCACAAGGUCACACAUACACCCCCCCCAAAAAAAGUUUCACCUUUGAGACUUUGCCACAAUGUACAGAAUUUCAUAAUUCCGACACUCAUAUGAAAGGUUGCUAUUUUAUAAAGCUUUGUCCGUGAUCCGCUAUGACUUCUCGAUAGCUGAGGAGGAACUCCAUCCACAUACCCCAACACUGUGAUGGGAUCCCCCAGACACUGGCCUGAGGAACUAGCGGGCAAUUCUUCACUAAAGUCCUCUGGAUCCCCUUCCUCCCCGGUGUAAGGCGAUGAGGUUCGCCCUGUCUCGUUGCAGCCCCUAGCACUGGGUCAGUCAGCACCAGCCAUAGCACUUUGUUCACUGUCCUGUGUUAGAGCACUGAGCUCUACCCUUUCUGAAAAGUACAGCCAGAAAGGGUGGGAGCAGAAGGUGAUUUCACUUUGUGUUUUUGUAUUUUAAUUGUGUAUCUUUUUGUAUGAUAAAGAAAUCUAUAUUUUGUACUUAUCCAGAUAUAUUUUCACCCCAGGUGGGGGUACUGUUUGUAAAAAAUAAAGUUUUUUAAUGGCAAAAGAA